AUGAGAGAGUCUCACAUAGGCUGGGGUUCUCAGUCCACACUCGGAGGUCGGAACUCUUGCGUUACGAAUACAGCAGUAUUGACGCAAGUGAGUACGAAAGUAUGGAAUGGGCUUACGACGUUGUUUACGAAGCUGUCAGCAAGUUCAAUUGCUUUCCAACAGUGUAUCUCUGGGCACAUUGUCGCGUAUGGCGUUGGUGGAUCGAUCAAGGAAACAUGUUGGAUCAGAACCCCACUGCCAAGACCUUUGCAGCUUUCAAUGUGGAGCCUAGGAAUUUGA